AUUUUAUUUACAGAUUUUGUUUUGUUAAAAGCGGUCUAGAGAUUUUAGUAAUUUUUUUGAUUUCACCGCUAACGCGCUUCGAUACUCAAAGCCGCCAAAAUGGUUGGUGUAGCACCCAGUUCGGAUGCCGGUGAAUUGUCAUCGACUAAAAAUCCCAUGAUUAAGUAUAUGCUAAAGCAACGUGAGAAUCAUGCCAAAAAUCAGGAUCACGAUUACUCUCAUGUCUUUCGCAAGAGAACACGUUUUGAGAUGUUUCGUCUAUCGGCCAUAGCCAUGGCUAUAGAAUUUGCUUAUGCUGCAGAGACCUCGUUUGUAUCACCGAUUCUCUUACAAAUUGGCAUAGAUCACAAGGUCAUGACUAUGGCUUGGGGUCUUUCACCUCUAUUGGGCUUCUUUCUAUCGCCUCUUUUGGGUUCUAUAAGUGAUCGUUGUUACUUGAAAAUGGGUCGCCGUAGACCUAUUAUUACUGUGCUAUCAUUUGGUAUACUUUUGGGUUUGAUUUUGGUACCCUAUGGCAAGGAAUUUGGUCUGCUGCUGGGUGAUGAAGGUUAUACUUAUAAUGUUACGGCCACUAUAGCCUCAAACUUUAGCAUAAACGAGGGUAGUGUAGCAGCCUUGCUGUCUCCCGAACAAGAGGGUCCUUCUCCCUCCAACUAUAAAUAUGCCACUAUACUUACCAUUAUUGGUUUAGUGUUAUUGGAUUUUGAUGCUGAUACCUGUCAAACACCCGCUCGUACUUAUCUUCUAGAUAUGUGUAUACCCGAGGAUCAACCCAAGGCUUUAACCAUGUUUACUUUAUUUGCUGGUAUAGGCGGCACCAUUGGUUAUGGUAUUGGUGGUAUUGAUUGGGAAAAGACUUCUUUCGGUACAUUUUUGGGUGGUAAUAUACCUACAGUAUUCGGUAUGGUUACCAUUAUCUUUGUGGUUUGUUAUUUCAUUACCAUAACCACAUUCCGUGAGAUUCCCUUGAAAUUGAUUGAGAAAGAUGAACUAUUGAGACCCUUAUCGGAUGCUGCCAUUAAAAAGGAACUGAAGAAGUGUAAUUCCAAUGUUUUCUAUAUAGAUCAGACCACAACUAUUGAAAAUGAAAUGGCUGAUAAUAACGAAAAAUAUACCGCCAAUGGAGGUUAUCAAAAUGGUAAUGCUGCCAGUGGAACUAAUGGUGGACAAAUGCAAAUGCAACAAUAUUCCUCCAAGGCCAUACCCGAACUAGACGAUGUUGAGGAAGAGAAACCCAUAUCUUUGGCACAAUACCUAAAGAGUAUUUUCGUAAUGCCUCCCUCAAUGAGAAUUCUAGCAUUGACUAAUCUAUUUUGUUGGAUGGGUCAUGUAACCUAUUGUCUGUACUUUACCGAUUUCGUGGGUGAGGCGGUUUUCAAUGGUGAUCCAACUGCUCCCCCUAAUUCCGAUGCUGCCAAUUUGUAUGAAGCUGGUGUUCGUUUUGGCUGUUGGGGCAUGUCCAUUUAUGCUUUCUCCUGUUCCGUUUAUUCACUAUCGGUUACCAAACUCAUGAAAUGGUUUGGCACUAAAGCUGUUUAUAUUGCCGGUAUUGUGUAUUAUGGUGUGGGUAUGUUAAUCUUGGGUCUGUGGCCCACUAAAUGGGGUGUCUUGGUGUUCAGUACUUCAGCUGGUAUUUUAUAUGGUACACUCUUUACCAUGCCCUAUAUAUUGGUAGCCAAUUAUCAUGCCAAGGAUUGUUUCCGUAUCCGCAAUGGUGAAAAUAUUCCCUUGAAACAGAAACGUGGUCUUGGCACUGAUGUGGCCAUUAUCAGCAGUGUUGUGUUCAUUGCCCAGCUAAUUGUUUCCUUGUGCAUGGGUCCAUUAGUGGCCUGGAUGCAAACUACAUGUGCUAUUUUGUAUGCUUCGACAUUUUUGUCGGCCCUUGCUGCCAUUUCAGCCAUGUUUGUUUUGUAUGUUUAAUUACAUACACUCCUAAAUAGAUGAGAGUAAAUACAUACAUACAUACAUACGUACAUACAUACAUAUAUAUUAACUAAAUUUUAAAAACAAAAUAUUCCAAACUAUAUAUACAUACAUACUUUAUAUAUAAAAUCAUACUUACAGACAUAAGUUAAGGACCAUAAUGUUUAAGUUUUUAAAUUUUAAUUUCUUUUUUUUUUCGCUUUAUUUGUAACAACUAUAUCAAGGGCUUACAAAUUAAUAUUCGUUAAUUAAAAAAAAUGUUAAAUAAAUUAAGUUUAUUGUUUGUAUUCUUAAGUAGCAAAGUUACCCCGGUAAUUAUUCAUAAAAAUUUAUUAAAGGUUUAUGAAACAAAUUUUCAUAUAAAAUUUGAUCUAUAAACCUUUGAUAAAUAUUUAGGAACAAGACCCAUAAUAUUAGAAAUUUAAGGCUCAAUAUUCUCAAUGUCUGGUUAUCGUUUUUCGUAAAGUUAUAUUUUUGCUAGAUAUUGGAAAAUAUCCUUAAGUUGAGAAACGUCUGGGCAUUGAGAAUAUGGCGGCAAAUGUAUUAUUUUAAUUGUUGUUAUUAAUAAAAAUGUUUUCUUCGUUCCAAA